AUGGCUGAGAUGCGCACCAGUGGUAAUACAAAUGAGUCGCACUCUGAAUUGGUCUCACAACUUUCGUUCAAACAGAAGUCCGGCCUGGGCCGCUGGUCAGCGUUUUUGGCAGUAGUAGCCAUAGUAGUCAUCGUCGCUUUGGCCAUCGCACUAGGAAUUGUCGCUGGGACAGAUCACAAGGAAAAUGACAGCUCAUCGUCCUCCGCGUCGUCAGAAAUGUCCUGUCAGCUGAGCACACCCGACUGUUUCUCUCACGAGGGUUCGGCAGACAGGAACCUGGACGUAGCUAAAUGUGUGCUGGAAAGCUACCCCCUUAUUGACGGCCACAAUGACCUGGCCUACCAGUACUACAGUAAUGUGGAUAACAAAGUUUACAGUGUCAACAUGCGGGAAGAUCUACGACAGGUCUGGCCAAACGCAUCCGUUCAUACCGAUAUACCCAGGAUAAAGGAAGGGCGACUAGGGGCUCAGUUCUGGGCCUGUUACGUGUCCUGUGAUACCCAGUAUAAGGACGCUGUUCGCCGAUCUCUCGAUCAGUUGGACACCAUUAAAAAGUUUACAAGUAAAUACCCGGAUGUGUUUGAAUUUGUUACCUCUGCCCAAGGUAUUCUGGACGCGUUUGCUCGGGGAAAAUUCUCAAGUCUCGUGGGUUUGGAGGGAGGCCAUUCAAUCGACAGCAGUCUGGCUAAUCUGCGCAUGUUCUACGACCUCGGGGUCAGAUACAUGACCAUCACACACAGUUGCAACACACCGUGGGCAGAUAACUGGACAGUUGACCGCGAUGGCAAUCCAGAACAUAACGGUCUGACCGAUUUCGGAAAGAAAGUUAUUCUGGAGAUGAAUCGUCUUGGAAUGUUGGUGGAUUUGUCGCACGUGUCCAAGAAAACAAUGCAAGAUGCCCUUAAUGUCACUACAGCGCCUGUCAUCUACAGUCACAGUUCAGCAUUCGCUUUGUGUAACCAUUACCGCAACGUACAGGACGAUGUACUCCGAAUGACAAGAGAUAAUGGGGGAGUCGUGAUGGUGAAUUUCUUCGAUCUGUACAUCAACUGUUACCCGUCAAAUCAAACGAAACCAACACUCAGUCAAGUCGCAGAUCACAUCGAGUAUAUUCAGAGACUGAUAGGUGUGGACUAUGUAGCUAUUGGGGCGGACUUUGAUGGAGUUCCCACACUUCCGGUCGGACUGGAGGAUGUUUCCACAUAUCCCGCUCUGUUUGCCGAACUGGUCAGAAGAGGCUGGACACAAGAGGAAUUGACAAAGCUGGCCGGGAAGAAUCUUAUCAGGGUUCUUACUCAAGCUGAAAAGGUACGUGACCGCCAGGCCUACAUGAGUCCAUAUGAAGACGUCUUGCCUGUUGCUGUGCUUUAUCCAAACCAGACAGCCUGCUGGGCUUAAUUUCUGGAUAGCCCAGAUGGCCCACUGUGCAGCAUUCCUUGACAAUACUGAUGGGAUGCUGGGAAUUAUUCCUGUGGAACAAACUUAAGACAAU